AUGCUAUCUACUACUGAUGAACCCGAUACUCGCUCACCCAAAGCUGCUAAACAGCGCUUUUUGCAACAGAAUCUAGAGAUCCGCCAACGAUGCCGAAACUUCAAAUUGCUUUCUAGCUGCCGUCGAUCAAUUUCUCUGGAUCCUAUACUCUGGUUGCCCAUGUCCAAGUCAGAGCGCAGUCGCUGUAUACGCUGGAGAUUAGGCUGGCUUCCUGGUAGCAAACCUCAAACAUGUCCUAAGCACCCAAUGCAACAGCUAUCUAAGAGUCACGCUAUUAGUUGCCUUGAUAUGUAUCGACGUCUGUUCAUGCCUGAAACAAUACGAGAUCCAUUGUCAUUCCUUCUGAAUAUGCUUCCUUUACGCCCUUUGGUUCCCAAACCUAGCUCUAACCUGGUCUCAACGAUGGCCGAUUAUAUGCUCCCUACUACAUGA